AGAUUCCAUCACCAAAAACUACAAACGGGCCAUUAUGCAUAUUUAAGCAUUGGGAUCUUUAUCGUUCUUCAAGUUGAAGCCACUACCUGACCUCCUAUAUAUAUAUAGAGAGAGAUCCGCUGGCUAAUCUUGUUGCAUUUGCAUAUGUACUGAAAGAGAGAUCAGUCAUAUAUAUCAUAGCAAAUAAGCUUGAAUCAAAUUCAAGCAUGGCGUACCGGGAGUUGGAGCUGACGCUCCUGUCAGCACAGGAUCUGAAGAGCGUGAACCUGAUCACGCGCAUGGACGUGUACGCGGUGGUGAGCAUCUCCGGCGACCCACUCACACGGCAGUGCACGCCGCCGGACACCUACGGCGGCCGGAACCCAUGCUGGGACGCGACGUUCCGGUUCGCCGUCCCACCGACGUCCACCGCCGCGGCCGCCGCGUCGGCGUCGCUCCACGUGCUGCUCCGCGCCGAGCGGUUCCUCGGCGACCGCGACGUCGGCGAGGUCGUCAUCCCGCUCGCCGAGAUCCUCGCCGGCGCCACCGGCGUUGGCCCUCAGCCACCCAAGGUGGCGUCGUACCAUGUCCGGAAACUCCACCGGUGGGAACCUCGCGGCGUGCUCAACGUGUCCUACCGUCUCGGCCCCGUCGUCGCGCCGGUGGUAGAGUGGCCGACCCCGGCGGAGAAGCCGGCGGCCGUCACCGCCGUCUAUGCGCCGGUGGGCGUGCCACGGCACCCGUCUCAUGAUCAUCCCUCAUCAGCCGUUGCAUACCAGGCGCCACCGCCACGGACGGCGCCAACUCGUUCUCCGGCCGCCGUCCGUGUCGUCGCCGAGCACGACGAUGCUGCGGCUCAGAAUCAGAAGUCACCCGUCAUGGGCUUGCCGCUGCAGCCGUCGCAUCCACCGGCGAAACCGGAUGCGUACCGUCCGCCGGCGCCGCCGACUACACGUCCAGCAGCCGCCGGAGCCGGACACGAGGAGGCUCGUGGUCCUCCCACACCGGCUCGUCCUGCUCCGACUACUCCGCCGCCGACGAGGAACAAUGGGCGGCUUGGUCAGCCGGGCCCAACUCAUGUCUAUAUGUGCCCCCAUACUCAGAUCAUCUUCGGCAGUGCCCCCACCACCACCACCGCCACCGCCGCCGGUCCACCAGCAACAUGGACGACGACGACGACGUCCCCUGCUGGAUCCACCAUCAGCCCAGCAGGGAAGAAGAGUGACGGAAACUACAGCACCUCUGCUGCCGAGUCCAUUUCCAUGUCCGUCAUCAGCCCAAGAAGCAGAAAGGAAGAUCGUCGGAGACCCACCACCACCGCCAGUGUGCUCUCACACUCACACUCACAGCACGACACACAGCAGCAGCAGCAGCAGCCGGCAGCGAGCAGUCCGGUUGCUGCCGCCGCCGCCUCCCCGUUUUCCUCACGCAGCUCGUCGUUCUCGUCGCCGGUAUCGCCAUACUCCUCAGCUCACCCCUCACCUUCUUCCUCCUCAGCUCAUUCUUCCACGCGCUCCCCUUACUCCACCUUCACUUCUCCCUACCCGUCUCUUCGCUCGCCGUCGGCCGCCAGUGACGCCGCCGAGGUUACUCAUGGAACCAACCAUACCUUCCGCUCUGGCUCUUCUCGUGGAGGAGCCAUCGUCUCUUCGCCAUUGCCUUCGUGGUCACCUAUGGUACCUAACCAUUCUCGCGGAGCCGCCGCUGUCUCUUCGCCAUUGCCUUCGUGGUCACCUAUGGUACCUAACCAUUCUCGCGGAGCCGCCGCUGUCUCUUCGCCAUUGCCUUCGUCCUCACCUAUGGUACCUAACCAUUCUCGCGGAGCCGCCGCUGUCUCUUCGCCAUUGCCUUCGUCCUCCCCUUUGGUGCCCUAGCUCUACUGAACUCACCCUCAGAGACCCACCAUGAACAUGAACAAUUUGCAUCCUCCCCUGUCCUGGCCGCCGCAAUCUCAUCACCAGGCGGGUAGGUUUUCCAAACUUUCUUCAAAUUAAAACACCAUAUAUAAACCCAAUGCAUAACAUCUGUGUACGUAUGACAAGACCAACGCAAAGUUAAUUUACCUGUGCAAAAAAAGUUAGUGUAUGUGCAAGUCUGUUUGUAUACUUGUGUUCUCAAAGAAAUAAAGGUGUGUGUGUACUUGUGGUUAUACAAAAAUAAAGUUCUAAGUUUAUAUAUGAA